AUGACUCUGCAGAACCAAGUAGGUGCAGCCGAUACGGCCCUUGCCGCAACCCAAGCCCGUGUCCCACUUCUUCAUCAUCUCCCUGUCGCCAAGGUUCGGCUUGCUGCAUUCGAUGACCACAAGAGUGAGCGUCCGAAUAAGAUGCCGUUUCGUAUGUUCUUCGGUACCAUCAAGGACGGGAAGGAUAAAGAUUGCGAGGUGUGGAUUCUGCUACAGAACGAUCACCCCGAUGGCCGCUCCCCCGAUCAACGCUUCAACAUCUUCGACCGUCUCAACAAGCUCCGGGGGGCUAUGAGCGCGGAGGAAGCGGUGAAGCACACUCAUGCGGCAGCUGCGUUCAAAUGCUUCAAGAAAGCGGGCGUUAUCGACCCGGAUCAGCUACGCGCUGUGAUCAAGUACUACUUCAUCUUCAAGGGAGUUAAUAAACCAGUGCCAUGGAUAGUCGGUGAUUACUUCAUCAAUUCGCUGACUGCGGCAUGCAAGGUGGCUGGAGAAUACGCUGUAAAGUUGGCUGCGAACAGUGAGAAGGAGAAGUCACGCGCCUCCACUGCGCAAAACGCGUACGGUAUCAAGCCCUCUGUCUCCAAGCCUAGGCCAGAAGCAGAUGGCUCGGUGGUGAGGACGCGCGUUUCGUCCGCUCAGAACGUGGACGGUGCCAGGCGUUCGGUCUCUCAGUCUGGAUCAAGAGCGGGCUCGGUGGUGAAGGUGAACGGCCAGCCUGCAGUGGUCAGCCCCCCCGUCAAACUGGCCAAGGCUAGACGCACUCCGCAGCCUACCCCUCAGCGCGCUCCUACGGUCUCUAUGAUUCCCGCAGUACCAAAAGAACCGAGCUUGUUUAUCCCCGAAGGCGAGACUCUCAAAAGGGCUCGCACCAUGACCCCGGACCUACCCAGGAAGCGAGUGACUACGAGCACACCACCACCGCUAUCGACUCCUCCGGUGGCUACAGCACAGCCCUCUUCUACCGCAAUCGUCAACAAAGCCCAAGGUUUCCUCAUCCACUCGGACCCUGUUGAGGUAGACAACAGCGACGCCAUGGACACUUCGCGUACCUCAUCAACACGCCGGGAGUCUGCAGAGGCACUUACCGAGAAGAGCCCCAACUCGCAAUCAUCCAUUGACUUCCCCGACUUCGCCGACGCCUAUCGUAACGCACUCGACAAGAAGAGCAGGUGCAAGGAAAACAUUAUGAUCAACCAGGAGAAGCUAGGGGAUGUGCGCGAUGAGAUCAAAGCUCUUGAGACUCAGCUAGCCGACAUGCAGGUGGAGGGUCGGGAGCUGAAGGAAGAGAACCGGCGCAUUGGAGUCGAAAUGAAGCAUCUUCGGUCGUCACUCACCCCGAAGGAGCGCGAAAUCUUCAUCCUUGGAGGUGAGAUCGUGAAGAGAGCGUCGAGGUGGGCGAAGAAAGGUGCAAAUUCUGAGACCGACAGCAGGGAGGAAGACUAG